AUGCUAUCCUCGAUGUGGUUGAAAUCUACUAUCCUGCUUCUUUUGGGCUGCAUCCUCGUUUGUGUGAGGGCAGCACCGGGUGCUGUCGAUGCUGCUAAAAGAGUCUCCUGGAAGGACAUGGAUUUUGACAAGGUUUAUGCUCCUAAUCCACCAGUCACUCACCGUGUGCUGAUUACUAUUGGUUACUUUGACGCAGAGGAAAACAAGGAGCAGGAACAUGAGAUUAGCAUUGACCUGUACGGAACUGUGACACCCAAGACGGUGCAAAACUUUGUAACGCUGUGCAGAGGCGUCAAGUUCAAGUUCCACAACGCUGCGGAUCCUGAGGAGGCUCACUCCUUCUCCUUCAAGGAGAGUAAGCUUCACAAGAUAAUAGCGAACAAGUUGAUCCAAGGUGGUGAUGUGUUCGACAAUUCCGCAGCACUGUCGAUCUAUGGUCCUUACUGGGACGACGAAAACUUUGAUUUGAAGCACGAUAGACCAGGCAGGCUCUCUAUGGCUAACACUGGACCCAACACGCAAGGCUCAGAGUUCUUUAUUGUGACCCAAUUGGAACCUGCAAGCGAAUUCGACUCCAAAAAUGUAGUCUUUGGCCAGGUCGUAGCUGGAAUGGAUGACCUGGUGGAUAAGAUUCAGUACGUGGAGACGGACGCGGAGGGCAAGCCCGCACACGACGUGGUGCUCAAGUACAUAUUGGUCGACGAACUGAAGUUGAGCAACAAGGAUGAACUACAUGCUGCCUACUUGAAGAAGCUGGAGGAGUUCCAGAAAGGUGAUCUUUCGAAGGGCGUUUCCAUGGGAACAACAAUGGCACUUGGAGCCAAGGAAGAGGAAGCCUUAGACGAGAUUAAGUUCAACAAUUUACAUCACCCCUUAUUCAAAGUGCUCAUUGGCAUGAGCAUUCUAUCUGGCCUAUACGUGCUUGCCAAGUUCAGAAAGAGAAACUUUUCGAAGUCCUCUAACAUCGUUUCCUUGAGACGUGAAUAG